AUGGAAUUCAAUAAUAACCGUGCAUCUACUACCGAACAAACAUUGAAUGUUAGUGAUUUGAGUGAUGCUUUGCCAGAUCUUACGAAAAAAUCAACAACGAGAAAAAAACGAUUAUUGGUUGGCGAAGCUCAUAACGAUAGUGACAAUGAAGAAACUAGUGACGAUGACGAAAUUAGUGAAGAGAGUGAAGAAAUCAAAACUCGUAUGGAAAAUUUCAAGAAGAUAACAAAUUUAUCAGUUGAGUUUGGAAUCGACGCAACAAAACUGCAUUUGCACUAUAAAGGUCAACUAUUUCAUCGAAUAUAUUUCAAUUUUCCAUAUACAACUCAAUAUGAAACAGCGGACAUGUUACGAAACUUUUUUACAUCUGCUGCAAAAGUGCAAAAGUUUGGUCAUCUUAUACUUUUGACACUCGUAUACAAGCCUCACGAAGAUUACAACCCGGAACAGAAGGUUGGGGGUCGAAAAUUUUGGCAUGGAUAUGUGUACGGCAUAGUCGAUGCCAGUGAGGCAGGCGGUUAUCUGUUAAUUGGGAAACGGGAGUUCAGUUGUCCAGGAAAAGGUCAUCGUUAUCCGGGCUAUAAACAUUCGCAAACAAAUAGAUCGACGUCGUCACGGAGUGCUGAAAAUGCACGACAAUAUGUAUUUGAGCGCAACGGACCAAAAGUAAAAACAGGAACUGUUCGUGGUACAACUGUCAGAUAUUUCACAGAUACGAAGAUUGACGUUCAAACAAGCACAGACGAUGAACCUUAG